AUGCAUUUUCUCGAUCUUUUGUGGCUUUUCGCUGUUGCAAAAGCACUCAUUAUCACGCAAAAUACAAUUCAAACCAAUCCUUUUAGUAUUCUAACCGGCAUUACCGUUCAACCAGGAAUCUCGUAUGUGCUCCUAGAACCCGUUGGAACUAUCGUCGGCGAUCUUCUUAACAAUGGUAAAUUUUACAAAACUUCUUUUAACCCAAAUUAUGAUAAGAGUCAAUUCUCCAUGACAACGCCUUCUUUCACCAACAAUGGAUUGAUGCUUUUGAACAACGCUGGUUUAGGAAACCCGACCUUUCCUGGGAUCAACGCGGACAAUUUCUUAAACACACAAGAGUUGUUUUUGGCAUCCAAUGUUCUGUCAUAUCAAGUGUCGUAUUUGCACUACAUAUACGUCACUAAUACGUUCGUCAAUACCGGAUCGAUGGUUAUUUCAUCUAAUGUUGCUCUUGGGCUGGCUGGCGCUUAUAUUGUCGGUCCUCCAGCUGCAACUAUUCGUAACGAUGCUUCUAUAUGUGUUGUGUCGGCUGCCUUUGCUAUCUAUGCAGAUUUCAGUGGGUCCGGAUGUAUCUUUAUCGGCCCGAAUGGAUAUGUUUCCGUUGAUACCUACCUGUUCAGCAACUCGGUCCAUCUUGCGGGACCAGGCGCAACGCUUCAAAUUAACCCCGUACCAGGUAAAUUCAUUCUGUUAUUCGUUUUUGGCUUCAGAGAUAGCAAUAAAAUUGAAAUUCGCGGAAUCAUACCAAUUCUUGCCUACAAUCCAGCGACUGGUGUCUUGACUAUCUCCAGUUUCCUCAAUCCGCAGAUUCAGGUGUCUCUUACAAUUGGACCAGGUUAUUCCCAGGGUCUGUUCCAGUUUGACAACACUACGAACCUUCUCUCUUACCUCGCAACAGUGCCUUCUCGCCCAGUUCCUGCUAUGUGUUCCUGUUCAACUGCGCUCCCAAUUGUUCCAACUUCAUUUCCCUCCUCUUCAAGCUCCGGUUCGAGCUCUAGCUCAUCUUCAUCGUCAACAAGCUCUAGUUCUAGCUCAAGUUCAACUUCAACUUCUAGUUCUAGCUCAAGUUCAACUUCAACUUCUAGUUCUAGUUCUAGCUCUAGUUCUAGCUCUGGCUCAAGCUCCAGCUCUGGCUCAAGCUCAAGCUCCAGCUCUGGCUCAAGCUCAAGCUCCAGCUCUGGCUCAAGCUCUUCUUCAAGCUCUGGCUCAAGCUCUUCUUCAAGCUCUGGCUCAAGCUCUUCUUCAAGCUCCAGUUCUACUUCAGGCUCCAGCUCUACCUCUAGCUCCAGCUCCAAUUCUGGCUCUGGCUCUAGUUCUGCUUCAAGCUCUAGCUCUUCCUCUACUUCCUCCGGGUCCAACUCGAGCACCAAUUCUGGCACCUCUAGUUCCAGUUCGUCGUCUUCCACAAGCCCUACUUCUUCUACUGGUAGUUCUUCAUCUCAAGUGAACCCAACCUCUAGGUCUCGGAGCUCUGAUUCAUCGUCAGGCACAAGUGACCCUACUUCAACUAUAGUUCCAACGUCUUCAACAACUGACAGAACUUCAAGUUCAAGCACCACUUCUGGCUCUGUAGACCCUGCUUCAAGUACUUCGUCCACUAAUCCAGUGUUGCCUCUGACUUCAUUCAGUUACGGGAAUCUGUCUUCAAUUUCGACCACGUCUCCAUUUCCAACAACCUCAACUGGCUCUGCUUCUAUCACAUCAAGUGCGGACUCUCGGCUGUCAACGCAACGUACAGACACCAUUUUCUCUUAUUCCACUUCCUUGAUCACUAUCACUUCAUGCACCAGCCUCAGCUGUCGUGUCACUCCCUCUCCAGUGAUUGUGUACAUCACAACAGUGACUCAAUACAAUGGUGUUGUCAGCUACACUACGUAUUGUCCUGUUGAAUCUUUCUCUGCAACUAAAAAAUCAGCUUCUGGUAAGACUGGCUCCCUUAGUUCGGCCGCUACGGCAGGCGGAGCAUCUACAGCAUUGACUCUGGUGAUCAGUACUUCUUCCACUACCGUUCCAGCUCCAUCAGCAUCCAUCAACAGCAAUUCGUUCGUCGGCUCUGGAACUAGAAGCCAGGCUACUUUCUUCCUGCUUCUUCUUUCGUUAAUGGUCUUCGUUUAG